UCUAUUUCGUUGAGAAUUUAAAUUUCCUUAUCAAUAUGGCUACAGCUGAAACAGCGGCGGUAGUAAUCCCGCCAUUCAUAAAGCCGGAUCCUGCACUUUGGUUUCAUAUGCUCGACUCCACUUUCGAAUUGGCUUCUCCGAAAGCCAUUACUGAAAGCAAGACGAAAUACAAUUACGUCGUGGCUCACUUACCUCCCGAAAUUGCCACUGUUGUGCGGGAUGUAAUAAUUCAACCGGAUUCCACGGAUCCAUAUUCGAAUCUCAAAACGAAAGUUAUCGAACGCUGUUCCGAAUCAAAGACGCAGGAAAUUCGACGACUUUUGGCUGGUGAAAGCUUAGGUGAUCGGAAGCCCAGUGAAUUGCUUCGUAUCAUGAAAAGGCGAGCCGAAAGCCAUAACAUCGAUGAUUCCUUGCUGUUUGAAUUAUUCAAUCAAGCAAUGCCAGUACCUGUGCAAACUAUUUUGGCCUCCAUUUCACCGAUUUCUUCAGACAAGGCAGCAGAUGUAGCUGAUAGAAUUCUGGACAUCAAUUCCACCUCAGUUAGCACUAUUUCUUCCGGAAGUGAACGCAACUCUUCAUCUGUGAAAGAGCUUAAAUCGGACAUGGAUUUGCUUCAAAACGAAAUCAAGGAAUUGCGCAAGGAAGUGGCUGAUCUCCGACGUUCUCGCCGUCGAUUUCGGUCUCCUAGCCGUACUCGUCGUGCUCGCUCAAAAUCAGGGGGCAAUAGAUACUGCUGGUAUCACUUUCGAUUCCACGAGAAAGCUACAAGGUGCAUUCCGCCUUGCUCUUUUAAGGGAAACCCUGUUCCGGAAGAGUAGCGGCGGCGGACUCUUCCUCUGAAUAUACUUCUCGUCGUCUCUUUCUACGUGAACAUA